AUGAUAUAAGAGUUUUAUGCUUCAAAAUGGUUACAGAUUAACCAUCUAGUAAGUGUUAUAAUUUGCAUAUCAAUCCAAUAGAUAAUUUCAACUUAGUAUUAAUGGGGAACUUUAACUUAUGUUAAAUAUCCCGUUACACCUCUUCAUAUACUGGCAGAUACACAUUCAUCAGGUGCUUGGACAUCUUAAACUAGAACAUUAACAGGUUUUGUAGAAGAGCCUUAAAUUAUAUUCUCAGUAUAUAGAAUGCACUUUGAAAACACAAUGACUGGUGGAUAUACAUUCUCAAUAGCAAUAUAAUCAUCAACGUGUAAUAAAUACUUUAUUUAUUUUUAGCAUUUAAAAUCUUUGUUAAUGCUACUUCUCCAUAGAAAAUUUAUAAUGUUUGGAUUAAAUAUUUGGCCUUCGUUGAUAAAAACAAAUAAGUUAUUCAUUAAGAAAUAGCUUAACCUGAGGCUAUUGAAAUUUUCAAAGAAUAACAUUUUAAUCGAAAUUUUAUUAUGGCAUUACCAAUCAUUAAUUACUUAUGUUUCACAAGUGAAUUCACAUUCAAAUUUGAAGUAAUAGUAUAAUUUAACCAAAGAUGCCAAUUAUUGAUUCAACUUUUGUUUAGAUGACAUUUUAAAGUACAGGAGUAUCACAAAUAGGAUUUUAAAUUUUACUAUCUACAUAAAGUCCAGUUUAUCAUUAUGGAACCUCUUAAUGGGCCCCUAGUUCUAACAAUUUAAAUUUAGAUCCAUAUAUUGUGUAAAAUGUUCAGAUACCCAAGCUGUAACAAUCAAAUACCAUAAUGUUCCCUCUCUAUAUAGGACUUACAUCUGAUUUAACUUCUGAAGUAAAUAUAGAGGAUUUUGAUUAAGUUAUAAGCACAGAGAUGUCUUUUAAAAUAGGAUCAUGUAAAUUAUAAAUGUAUUUUAGCAAUAACAAGUUCUAUAACAAGCGGAUGGUUUGAUUAUAUGUUAAUCUAACCAAAUUAUGAACUUUCACCUCUUCUCUUACAAAGCUUCUCAUAAUAAGAAUAUUAUGAAAAUGAUGGAACUUAAUUGAUAACUGUAGAAUUACCAUUAUAUUAAACUACAUAUACAAGCACUACUAAUUGGAUUGAUAUUGAUAAUACUUCUAUUGGUUUACAAAUUGAGAUCACUACAGAAUGCAUAUAUAAUUAUAAGCAUGAUUACUGGUUUUUAGGAUCAUUUGCUGAUAAUUAGAAAUAUAUAGAUGAUUUCUUUUACUGUUCUCAAGGAUCCAAUAGGAUUAAAUAUAUUAUUAAUCUUACUGAUGGUGGAAGGCUUGAAUACAAAACAAUUAAAUUUAUAUUAACACCAACAAGUGUAGAAAUGUAUCAACAACUUGACAAUAUAAAUUUUGAUGAAGAAUACAGAAACUUAAAAAUAGUAAUAAGUUAAGUUAGAUGA